AUGUCGUCUGAAACAACUGUUGCCCAACGUCUUUUUACCGACAAGGAAAUUAAGGAUCUUAACGGAAAAGUCCAAUGUCUGCAGAGACUUGUCAACCACCCUAGAUGUAAGAUCCCGGAGCUCAGGCUGACCUACACCAAUCUUCUCACUUGCAUGUCGAACCUAGACGCGGAUUCCAGAAAACCAUAUACCGAGGAUGGACGUCAAGAUGUCGAGCUAGGUUUCAAAACAAUGGCUAUUCUUGAAGACACUCUGAUUCGUGUUGUUUUGGGUGGAGAGACAGUGUCAAAUGUGCUCAUUCGUAAUAUGUCAAUUCUUCAACAGACCGGUGAUUCUUAUUCCUCUCAAUAA